GCUGCAUGUGCUUUGUCGCCUAAAUGUGAUCGAUAAAUCCGGUCAGACCGCGAGCGCUCCCCCCAACCCCCCUCCUCUUCUGUCUCUCGGACCACUCCCUCCCCUCCCCUUCUCUUCCUCGCUUGCCUCCCAUCCCCCACCCUUCUCAUCUCGUCCUCCCUUCACUCUCACGCAACCACAGCCGUUCCUCCUGUGGACCGCCUCUAACCCACCCCAACCAAAACGAAGAGAGGAGCGUCGGAGCUCCUUCACCCUCCCCUCUCCCACCUCAUACCCUCCCAAAACACCUACGAGAAAAAGAGAGAAAAAAAUGCCCGCCCAGAAGCGCCCCCUCCCUCCGCCUUCCGACCACCUCGGCGGCUCCACCGACUCCCCCCACUUGCCGCCUCCGCUGCCGUCCCAGCAGCAGCACCAGCUGCAGCCGCAGGCCGACGGCGAGCAGCCGCCGCAGCCCAAUCCACCGCCGGAGCUACCGAAGGAACAAGAUGGCGAUUCCGAUGGCGAAGGUGGCAGCCAAUCCUCUGACGACGAUGCCGACAAAGAAGAAUUUAUCCUAGUGAAAUUAGCGGACAUACGCAAAGAAGUUCAAUGUCCUAUUUGUUUAGGUAUAAUCAGGAAGACACGAACAGUUAUGGAAUGCCUGCAUCGCUUUUGCAGGGAAUGUAUUGACAAAUCGAUGCGGCUUGGGAAUAAUGAGUGUCCAGCAUGCCGGACACAUUGUGCUAGUCGGCGUUCUUUGAGGGACGAUCCAAAUUAUGAUGCUCUGAUUGCAGCUUUAUAUCCAGAUAUUGAUAAGUAUGAGGAAGAGGAACUGGCUUUCCAUGAAGAAGAGAAAACUCGCAAUAAGAAGAUUCAAGCAUCCAUAGCUGAGACGUUGCGGCGACAAGCAGAAGCACUGGGUAGGAAAAAGUCCACAAAAGCUGCAGCGGAAGUUUUUGUAAGAAAAUCAAGGGGGAAUUUUCGAGCUGGACAAAACAGUUAUCUACGUGGCAGAGGUAGAAGUGGUGUUCGGGACAAUGCACUUGCCGUCUCUGAUGAUGAUGAUGAAGAGGAAGCAAAUGGUAAUGAUGGCGGCAAAGAUUCCUCUUCUGCUGAGGAUCGUUCUCCUGAUGUACGGCAGAAGAGAUUCAAAAGACGGCGCAUGCCACGGUCUUCGCCAGCAAGAACAGCAGGCAAUGUCGAUGGUGAGGAAAAUGAUGACUUGGAAGCCAGCCGUGAAAACUUACGCACAUCACCUUUGAGAGCAGGAAACAGAGAGAUACUUGCAUGGGGUAAGAAUGGUACACGCAGUCAAACCAGACAUGGUAAUACUAGCAGUUCAAAUGGUAGACUUGUCAAGGGUGGGCGCAUGACCAAGUUCGUUGAGCACAUCCGUAAUUUAGAUGAAACUGAUGCUGAGUUUGAUGUACACCUGACCCUGCUUCCUUUGGACGAACAAAGCGUGCCAAAUUUGGAACGACCAUAUCUUUGCUGCAGUCCAACCUUGUGCAUUAGACACCUUUGCCAAUUCGUUGCUCUUCAGACAUCUGUACAAGCUGAAGAAGUUGAGAUAUAUGUAAGAAAGCCUAAAGUUGGAACUCUGGCAAUUGACUCGACCAUGGUUGAUAAUGCCGGGUCUAAUCCCUCAGAGGGGCUACAAAUAUUGGAAGCACAAGAAUCUCUUGCUAAGCUUCAUGCUUCUUUUCCUGCCAAACAAGGGGAGCUGGUGUUGGUGUAUGGUUUAAAAAUGCAAAGCUAGAGAACAGCAAAGCAUGAGGUCUCCAUUUUCUCUUUUUUUCCUCUCUCUCUCUCUC